UUUACGACAUAUCAGAUAUAAUUUCUUGAAUUCAAAUACAUUCGGUUAUUCGAAGAGAAAUUUCAUCAUCCUUGUACUAAACAAAUUGUUUUUCAAAUCAUCGAAAACUGACAAGUUGUCAUUCCUUGAAUGUGAUUUUCUUGUGUUUACGACAUAAUCAGUUGCAAACAUAAACAAACAUGGCGGUUGCAGAAACAGUUCCGUUGCUGAUGAGGAUUGUGUCUUCGUCAGUGGCAGUAUCGUACAGAGCCGCAAAUAUUGCUAGAGAAAUUCUGUCGAAAGGUGAUUUAGGAAUUGUUGAAAAGGGUGGUAAAAAUGACCUACAGACAGAGGCAGAUAGAUCAGCACAGAGAUGUAUUGUAGCUUCAUUACACAAACAAUUCCCUAAAAUUGCUAUAUAUGGUGAAGAGGAAUUAGCUCCAACAACCAAAAUUCCAGAUAACUUUUUUGAGCUAGGAUUUGAUGAAGAAGUACUGAAACAUGAAUGUCCAAAGAAUUUACAGAAUAUCAAAAAUGAAGAUAUAGUUAUUUGGGUAGACCCAUUAGAUGGAACUAAAGAAUUUACAGAGGGUUUCCUGGAUCAUGUGACAGUUUUGAUAGGUAUUGCUAUACGUGGUGUGGCAACUGCUGGCAUCAUCAAUCAACCCUUCCAUAACUAUGAAGAAUUACCUAAAUAUGGCAAAUCUAGGUGUAUCUGGGGAAUACUUGGUCUAGGAUCAUUUGGUUUUGAACGUAAUGAGAAUUUAGAAGGUAGAAUAAUAACAACAACUAGAUCUCAUUCUGACUACACAAUUACAAAAACUGUACAGGCUUGUGAUCCCACAGAGGUACUCAGAGUGGGCGGGGCCGGGCAUAAGGUAUUGUUAUUGAUAGAGAAGAAAGCACAUGCUUAUGUUUUUGCCAGUAUCCACUGUAAGAAAUGGGAUACUUGUGCACCAGAAGCUAUCCUACAUUCAUUAGGUGGUAAAUUAACAGAUUUACACGGAAAACCUAUACCAUACCAUGCUAAUGUUGUUCACAAAAACACAGGAGGUGUGUUAGCAACUGUAGAGAAUCAUGACUGGUAUGUUAAUAGAAUAAAGGAAAAUGUAGACCCAGAGACACUCGCAAAGUUUGAGUCAGUGAAACCUGCCCCGCCUACACUAGAGACCACCCUGUCACAACAGCGACUGAAUGUAAAUCCCGGAGAUAAGGAUAAAGGCAAUUCUGAUCAGUCACAGGUAACAGAGCUAAUUAAUGAAACAACCGAGACUACAUACCUCUAAACUUGGGGCCAUUAUUUUGUAUAUACUUAGCUGAUUAUUAAUCAAAUGUUUAUAGAUCUGCUUUAUUUGUUUUACUAUCAUCAUCAUUAUACAAAACUCCAGUAUUCAUUGUUCAUUAAAAAAGAACACUCUUUAAUUUACUUCUUUAUCAACUACUAUUCUCAUUAGGCAGCUAUUAAUUGAUGUAAUCAAACAUUACCAACUAAAAUGUCUUAAAUGACGCCAUUAUUUAAUAAUUAUUGAAAGUCUUUUUUGAUACAUAGUCCUCAGACCUUUAAGUCAUCAGAAAUUUAAAUAAUCUUCAUAUUAUACUAAGGCUCUAUAUACAUAUUUCUAGUUUAUCCUAAGUGGUGAAAAUCCAUGAACAAAAUGUUUGUCAAUGAUUUUAAAUUAUGUAAAUAUUUCACUGUAAUAUUUCGAUGAUAUUAAUUGCCCUAAGUCAAAUAUAGAGCGCCAGCCAAUAUGUAGUAUGGACCAGAUUCUAUACAGUUAACUGCUCAUUUAUGGAGUAUUUGUUUUUAACUUUCAACCAUUUGAAACCAAAAGCUUUUGCCACCGAUAUAGAAUCAGAUCCACAUGCCCAUCUAUGCUUAUAUAACUUGACUCAGCACUUUUGGCUAACCAAUUUUUCAUCUUGAUGUCCCAAGACAGAAGCUGGACAAAACCGUUACAAAAUCUAGUCGGUUAAGGGUUAAAUCUCUAAAUAUUAUAGUUCACUGCACUAAUUUGAAAGCAGGACAAUUUCAUUUUACAAAGUAAGCAAGGAAUGGCUGAUUGAAGGUGUAUGGUAAUAGAUCAGAAAAUUUAUACUAUUUUCUUUGCUUCUUACUCCAUUUUCUUAUUAUUUAUAAAUUUUAGAAUCAGUGCAGAACUUUCUCCUUGCAUGCUGUCUUUUUUUAAUACAAAACCCAGAUGCUCUUCUGCUCUAAUUCUCUAGAUAAUAUUUAAGCUUAUCUAAUCUUGGUGAGCCACCAUGAUAGCUGCAUGCCUGUACCAUUUAUAUACAUGUGUAUUGGGUUAUAGCACCGGCCUCAACAUAAUGUAGUUCUACAAUCAGCAAUUAUCUAAAGUAAUGAUAGAUACAAUGUUCACCAUCAGAUUACUGGUUUACAGAAAUGUCCCUUGUUAGACAUGUUGACAUGAUUCCCAAGUUACUUGAACAUUAUACUGGACAUACUAGUCCUAGAACUGUCUCCUUUAU